UUAAGGCGGCGCUACAAAACAAAUGUAGCUAGAUGAAAUUAGAAAAAAAGUUAAAUUAAUUUAUUUUGCUAAUUUUUUGCUUUCAAAUCGUGAUAUUUUCGUGCCUCUAAUGAGUUAAACUAUUAUUUUAGCGAUAGAAAGCACUUUAGUUGUAAAAGUGACGAGUUUUGUACAAUUUACUUGGAUAUUGGAUAUUGUGUAAAGAGAGUAGAAUACUUGACAAAAAAAAAUUGCUACCUAAUACCAUAAUAGCCAAGUAGUAUAAUAAUUGUGCAUAUAUCAAUAAAGCAAUAAAAUAAAGAGAAUCUAGAGGGAGGUUUCUAGAUCGUCUGGAUCCUUUAAUAAUUUAAUGAAAAGUGUGUGAUGAGAAGAGUUCUGCUAUCAAAAUGUUACGAUUUUUGAGCAGACGACAUCGAAAUCAUCAAAAUAUCAAUUCCAAUAGUGACAUAAAAUCACAGAGAAUUCCAAUAAAUAAAAAUUUAAUACAGUGUCGAGUUAUUUUAUUGGAUAACAGUGAUAUUAGCAUUGAAUUAUCGAAAAAAGCUCUCGCCAACGAUUUGUACGAGCAAGUAUUUUAUACAUUAGACUUGAUUGAGAAAGAUUACUUUGGUCUACAAUUCACCGAUGCCAAUAAUGUUAAGCACUGGCUUGAUCCCACGAAGACUGUCAAGAAGCAAAUUAAAAUCGGUCCACCGUAUACGUUACACUUAAAAGUGAAAUUCUAUUCAUGUGAGCCGAAUACACUUCGUGAGGAAUUAACGCGCUAUCAAUUCUUUUUGCAACUCAAGCAAGACAUUUUGACAGGUCGACUCGAAGUCCCCGAACCGACAAUCUAUGAACUCUGUGCAUUGGCACUACAAUCUGAACUUGGGGAUUAUGAUGAGACGAUUCAUACUCCAGCAACAGUAUCGGAGUUUCGUUUUGCACCAAAUCAAUCAGAAGACAUGGAAGAAGCAACACUGGAAGAAUAUCGUAAAAUUAGAGGUUUGACACCUGCGCAAGCUGAGAUGAAUUAUUUGAACAAGGCGAAAUGGCUUGAUAUGUUUGGUGUUGAUAUGCAUACAGUAUUAGGAAAGGAUGGAUGCGAAUAUCAUUUAGGUUUGACCCCAACGGGAAUUUUGGUUUUUGAAGGUGCUCAAAAAAUUGGACUGUUUUUCUGGCCUAAAAUUGGAAAAUUGGACUUUAAGAAAAAGAAACUUACACUUGUUGUUGUUGAGGAUGAUGAUAUGGGACGGGAGCAGGAACAUACAUUCGUUUUUCGUCUACACAAUGAGAAAGCUUGCAAGCAUUUAUGGAAGUGUGCAAUUGAGCAUCAUGCAUUCUUCCGCCUUCGUGGUCCAGCAAAAGGACUUUCUGCAAGACAAAACUUCUUUAGAAUGGGGAGUCGAUUCCGUUACAGUGGCAAAACAGAGUUUCAAACAACACAACAAAAUAGAGCACGUAGAACGGUUCAAUUUGAAAGGCGUCCUUCACAAAGAUUUGCAAGGCGACAAAGUCAUGUUUUGCGUGACAGACAAAAACAAAUACAGCAACAACCACCUGCACCACAAGCACAAUCAUCAUCGUCCGAAUUGCAAUCUAAUAAUGAUGAUUCUCAAACUAUUUCCGGUGCCUCUACGUCAUCUGUUAAUACAGUAAUACACAAAAGUGAACUUAAUGAUACUGCGUCAUGCAACAAGUCAAUAUCGUCAAACGAAGAUACAAAUUAUCAGCAUGCGGCGAUUCAAAUGAAACUUUUAGAGAUUGAUUCAUCAAGUCGCAUAGAUUCGGAUGCACCAAAAUCGCCAUUCCUUCAGCCACAAGGAUCUUUUGGUAAGGCAUCUAUAAAGAGCUUUAAGAGCAAUGGCUCUUCCAUUCCUGAUAGUCAAAUUGAUAGUUUGCUAAAACAAAUAAGCAAAGAGUCACCAACGGUGCAUUUAGAAGCUCUUAACGAUGUAACAAAUAUUAAGGUCGGCAUUAAUAAAACAUCAGAAUUGGAAAUGAACACAGAUACAUUGAAAAAGUUUUCAAAUGAUAAGCCGAAUAAUCAAAUUAAAUUAAUUAGUAGUGCAGGCCAAGCGAAAAUUCCACCAAGUCAAAUUAAAUGUAACAUUUUAAAAGCGCGUGCUGAAGAAGAACUAAAUGCCCAUUCAAAAUUUACAAAUCAAUUGUUUGACGCUAAUGACUCUCAACAGAAUGGACCUACGUUCGUUGCCGUUGGAGGAGACAAGUUAACAUUGAAUCUAAAUGGUGGGUUAUCAACAGUACCACAAAUGGCAUCGCCAACAACACCUAAAUUAUGCAAUCUUCCAUCCACAAUACCGCUGAUUCCAACGCCAAUUGAGAAGAAUAUUAACAAGAAUGAAAGUGUUACAGUCACACAUUUUUCUGACCUUCAUGGCGGUGUUGUUGAGAAAAUAAGUGUACCCGUUACAUCGGGAAGUUCAUCGUUCAUGAACACUGAAGAAAAGUCACCGAAAAUGGAAUUUUCAAUGACACGAACAAGUAUUAGCAAUAAUCCGUUUGCUGAUGAAAUUUUAAAUACAUCCAAGACAAUUAUAUCGACAACGACAUCAUCAGCAUCGACAGCAACGUCACCGACUGUUAAAAUAUCAACAAAUAAUCCCUUUCACAGCUCAUUUAAUGGAAGUGAAUCAAACUCACCAGAUAAGUCGGUUAAAAUCUCAUUCUCAAUACUUGGAACUAAAAAUCCAUUUGACGAGAAUUUAAGUGAAGAAUCGAAUGGAAUUGAAGCUCAACUUAACAAUAGUAACGAUAGUAACAAUAAUAGAAGUAAUGGCGAUAUGGAUCAAAGCAUAGAUGAUGUCGACAACAACGAAUCAACAUCGGUUAACUUAAAGAUAGAUAAAUAUAAUGAAAAUAACAUUACAAUGAUUAAAAUGGAAUCUACUAAUAUGAAGCAAGCAAGGAAUGGUGAAAUUAAUACUACCGCGAAGAAGGAUAUAAAUGAGAACAAAACAAGGAUAAUGACAAAUAACAACUAUGAAGUAUCACCGUGGCUAGUGUCAUCUGAGAUUGUUCAAGCUACGAUGACCAAGGAUCCUCCAAUUAUUCGUAAGUCGGUUAUUACGACACAAUUGUGAAGGAAUAAAUUUUUGUCUUCUUCGAUUUUUAUUUUAUUUUAAAUAACUUGAUUCAAUUAAAUAUUUUUAUGUAAUAUUUAUCGAUUUGAGUUUGCUAUUUAGAUCCAAUAAUAGUGUGGUAGGCUUCUGUCUUAAAACUACAAUUUUUUUAAAGCAGAGAGAAGAUUUUUUGAGUGAUUCUUAUAGAACGGGAUUUUUAUGUCAGCAUUAUUUUGUUGGGAAAUUCUAUGACGCAUACAAUACGUAAUUUAAUUGAUUUGUAUUAGCUAAAAACUGUAAAGAUUUAUUUUAAAUUAUUUAAACUAGGUUUAGUACUUAAUUUUAGUACAAAUCGAUUUUCGGACCUUAUUCUUAAUCUUUAGAUCAUGUAUUGCUAACCAAUCAAGUCUUCGUC